AUGCCUCGAUGCUUGUGGCUUUUUAUUUUUUUUGCAGAGGACGCAAAGGAAGACCGCAGGCGAGGCGUGAAACGGCUUGCCCAAAGGUCGGGGUUCGAAGGUCUGCCAGCCCACGUGCGGGGCGCUUUCCGCCACGCCUGCGCUGGCUCUCUCGGCAUCCUUACGAAGAGCCCGCAUCUGCGAGUCCGGGGACCGUGGGGGGGGGUGGGGUGUGUGGUAGGUGUAGCGAUGUUGGGGGUGGAGGAGGGAGCAGCAGCGCGAGAGCUAACGGGCCGAGGCGGGAAAAGAGCCGCGCAGGCGCAGCUUGAAGCUCCGGCGCGGCCAGCCGGCUGCGGCGCCGCGUUCCCCACCCCCCUCAGGUCGUUGGCGCUGCUCGCCCCAAUUUUGGGGCGGGGGGCGGGGGACACUCUGGGCGGGGCGCCUUCCGCAGUCCCGUCGAGCGGGCCUCUGGUGGGAGCGGGCCGGAAGCCCUGGCUAGUGAAGGUGGAGGCGGCGGGCGGGGGGGCGGAGGGGCCGAGGCCCCGGCUGGGGGCUGCGUCCGUCCAGGCCUUCCCCGCUAAACCCUCGGCCCAGGGGAGGGGCUUCGUGGAGGGAGCGGCGUUGGACGAGCUGCAGCUGCUGGAGGAAGAGCUGAGGAGCGUCCGGGAGGAGCUGUGCCAGUGCCAGGCUGACAAAGAAUUUGUGUGGUCUUUGUGGAAACACCUCCAUGCAGCAAACCCAGAUCUCACAGAAGCAAUCAGUCUGGUUGUGGAAAGAGAAAAAAAUAAAGCCGAAGCCAGGGAUAGAAAAGUGUUAGAAAUUUUGCAAGUCAAAGAUGCUAGAAUAAAGGAGUUGCAAAAGAGAGAAUCAGGAUCACAACGGGAAAUAAAUACCCUUAUAGAAAAGAAAAUUGCUGUGGAUGAAGAAAAUGUUUUCUUAAAGAAAGAAUUGAGUGACUUACAGAAGAAAUUUAAAGAUCAAAGUCAAGAGCUUAAGAACACUAAGGAGAGGGUACAGAAGAAGGAAGAGAAAAACAUACUAAUUAUCGAAGAGCUGGAGGAGGAAAAUAAGGAAUUAAGUAUACACUGCAAUGAACUGCUAAAUGAUUUGGAGAACCUGAGGAAGCAGGAAACACAGUGGAGAAAAGAAAAACAUGACAUUGAUUGCAGAAUGAAGGCAAUGGAGUUAAGUGACAUCCCUCUUGCUGACGUACUACGUUGUCUUUGGUGUGUAUGGGCUGAGAAGACUGGAUCCACCACUGCUACUGGUGAUUCAGUGCCCCGAAGCCUGCUCUGGCUUUGCUUAGGCUGGGUCUGUGCUGCGCUCAGCUCACUGGAUGCUUCUCUCUCAGAGAUCUUUGAAGAUAUUUGGGGAGAGUUCAGGAAAGAGUUGCAGGAGCUGCAGAAUCUUUACCAACACAACCAGGAACACGCAGUACAGCAGGCAGAGUUGAUCCAGCAACUUCAUGUUCUCAAUAUGGAUACACAGAAAGUAAUGAGAAAUCAGGAAGAUGCCCAUACAACUGAAAGUAUAUCCUAUCAAAAACUUUACAAUGAAUUACAAAUUAAUUUUGAAGCAAAGAAAGCAACUGAGUCUCUGCUCCGGAAAAAUAUUCUUUGUCUUAAGGAUCAACUAGUUCAAAAAGAUCGGGAUAUCAUACAACUGACAGAAAAAAUUGAUGAACUCGAAAAAACUUCACACUUAGUAACUCAUAACCCUUUUCUAAAUAAUAUGGAACAGGAUUUUCAACAGUCAUCCUUAUCUAGUCUAGAAACUUUAAUGGUGUCACAAAAGUCUGAAAUUGACUUUUUACAGGAGAAGUUGAAAAUAGCAAAUUUUAAACUAUCAGAGAAGAAUUCCUCUACCAGUAUUCACAUAGGAAGCAUCAUCUCAGGAGCUGGAAGAAUACAUGAGGAACCACCUGUGAAACGUUCAAGGUCUCUGUCCCCAAAGAGGUGUUUUAAAGACUCAGAGGACCUCAAGAAGCUUAAAGCUGCUGAAAGGAAGAUUGAAAACUUAGAGAAGACACUGCAGCUAAAGAUCCAAGAAAAUGAUGAGCUAAGAGAUGCCCAUGAAAAACGCAAAGAAAGGCUGCAGAUGUUACAGACCAACUACAGAGCAGUAAAAGAGCAAUUAAAACAGUUGGAAGAAAACUAUAGCAAGACUGACAGAAACAAACAAAUGAAGAGAGGAGAGUCCCAGCAGCUCCUACAAGGAGAUUCUAAUGCUCUGUGGAACGAGCUGACAUAUUUCAAAAGGGAGCACCAGAAGCUAUUGAUUGAAAAUGUGAAUCUUGAAGAAGAGUUGGAUCAACUUAAAGUUUUUAGAUCUGUCGAAGUAGCUAAAAUGCAAGAAGUGAAUGCAUAUCUGGAACAAGAAAGAGAAGAAUUACUCUAUAAACUUUGUGAAGAUCAGGAAUUCAAGAAUGAUGCAUCAGAGAAGAAGCAGAAACAAAAGUCAGAUGAGACAUUGCAGAAGGUUAUUGUUUUGGAAAAACGAUUGAAGGCUUUUGAGAAAAAGUCAAGGAAAUUGAAAGAAGCAAAUAAAAAGUUAACUAAAGAAAAUGAUGUAAUGAAAUCUUCCUGUAAACAGCAGCAAGAUGAUGCAAAAGCAAAAGCAAAAGAGCUAAUCCAUCUAUGGAAAGAGAAGGAAGAUGUGGAAAAAGACAGAACUAUUCUUGAAUUCAAGAUCAGGGAGCUGGAGAUGGAAAUCAAAGCCCUACGAAAACAAGUAGUAGAAGUCAAGUCCCUGAAGGAACAAGUGACCGAAGUCAAUUUUAUGAAGGAAAAAAUGGUGGCAAUUGAGAUGAGCAAAGAUAAUGAAAAACUAAGGAAUCAGGUACAAGAAAUGGAGGACACAAAUCAAAUUCAGAAAGUUCAUAGAAUUCAGGAGAUGCAGGGAAUGCAACGGAUACAAGAAAUGCAGCAGAUGCAAGAUAUUCCACAUAUGAAGGAAAUGCAGUCAGUACCACCACAACAGGCAAUUCAGGCACCACUAUGGCUACCCAAACAGCCUCUAACACAGCUACCAGCUCAACUACCAACACAGCUACCAGCUCAGCUGCCAGCACAGAUACCAGCUCAGCUACCAACUCAGUUUCCGGCUCAGCUGCCUGCACAGUUUCCAGCCCAACUACCAACUCGGUCUCUAGUCCAGCCACCAGAACUGCUUCCAGUCAAAAUGCAGCUACCAGCACAGUCUCUAGCCCAGCUACAAGAGGAGUCAGUUCACCGGUACCAGGGCAAAGCUGUGCCCAAGAAGCCCACUCUAAAAGUGGUGAGCACUGAACAAUGUAGACAAUGUAAGACAACUACCACCAAGGUUAAAUUUAAAGCAGCCAAGAAAAAAGGUGCCACGGGACGUCCCCAGGCUUUUCUCAAUCAGUCCAUCAAGGUUAUGAGCAAUGUGUUUGAGAACUAUAAGGACGACUGGGAGGAUGUGAGUGAAAGCAGUGAUUCUGAAGAACUAACCUGUCAAAACCUAGGAACAGUUAUUGUGGAAACAUCCCAAAAAGUCAGUGCAAGAAAAGAUGAAGGGCAGCAAACAGAAGGACAAGCAGAAGAGAAAGAAAUUACAUUAGCUAUGGGAGGUCCAAUCAAAAAGGAUAUCGAUAAUAAGAAUUAUAGAAGAUCAUUUUUAAAGAAGAAGAAAAUUAGUGCUUUGAGGAGUGUAUGUGCACCAGCCACUAUUAAAGUUAACAAAGAGAAUGAGAACAAUGUAAACUUCACGAAAUCAGUAUUACAUGUACAAGUUGCAUCCAUGCAGCAGCAAAUCAAUAUGCUACAGGAUUUGAAAAAGUCUACUGAAGCUUCUGUUAAGGAAUUAAAAGAAGCCAAUGAAAAGCUUGCACAGCAACAACAUAUAACUGAUCAAAAACUUCAGACCACCAAACAAACCAUAAAGAAGCUAAAUUCAGACUUGGUUGAACUUCGCAAAGAGAAAGAAGAUUUACAAAAGAAAUUGGAGGCUGCAAAUGAAGCUAAAUCUGCAAUAGAGUCUCCUUCAAAGAAUAUGCAGGCAGAAAUUAAACAGCUGCAGUGUAAAUUAAAGAAUACAACAAAUGAAAUGACUAAACAGUCAUCAAAUAUAAAGUUUCUAAAAUGUGAAGUAAAGGAAAAGGAAGAACAGAUACUGGAAUUUCAAGGAAAAGUGUCUCGAAUGGAGAGGGAUUUAGUCAUGAAGAGACAUUUGAUAGAGCACUUUAAGCAUCGACAGAAAGUUAACUUGGAAAAUAAUGACAACUUUAAUGAUUUGUUAGAAAAUCUUGAGAAAAAGGUAAAAGCAUUGACUGAAGACUGUACUAACAAGAAGACAGCAAUUGUUGCUCUCAAGCAAAUGCUUAAUGUAGUCACAAAAGAGAAGUCACAUUAUGAACAGAUGUGUAUAAAAACUAAAGAUGAGCUGGAAAGAAAGGAGCACAAGCUUGCUCACCUAUUAAGUAAAAUGAAUGAGACAAAAUCUGCUAUGUCAGAACUUGAAGCAACUGCUUCCCAGCAGCUCCAUGGAUUAGCUUUGCAAAGUGAACGGGCUUUUGAAAUGGUGCGAGUAAAACUAAUGCGAGCCAAUGACCGAGAAGAAGAGUUCAUCACAUUUGUUAAGGGUUUAGUUCAAGAAAUACAUCGUAAUGUCCAAGACAUGAGGUUGCGAAUAAGACAGAUUAAAAAAAUAGAGCACAAUAAGACUCUCAGCAAAACUGCAACCCAAAAAGUCCAGGGUUUGGCAGCUUCUAUCCUAAACAUUUCACCGACUGAUGUGGAAGAAAUGUUAGACUCAGAGGAUGAAGAGGAAUUGAAAAAAGCAAGGAGGGCCUGUGAACAAGAUAAGGAGUGGUUAAUAUACAUUAAUAAAAUUCUUGAAGGACAGUUUCCAUUUGCUGCAUGUUUAUUAGAAGCAAUAAUGGAAAAAAUAAAUGAGAAGAAGAAACUAGUUGAAGACUAUAUUAAAUUUAUGAAAGCUGUUGGAUGAUAUUGCAAUGGACCGUUUUUCAAAAUACAAAAAGUUUUUUUUUUUAUGUGGUGUGAUUGGAAAAACAUGAAUUGUAAUCUGAUACAGUAACUAUUCCAACUAUCAAUAGUCAGGUUCAGUAUAAAAAAAUAGUAAUCUGUGAAACUAAUUAAUUGUCAAACAAGUGAAAUUAAUUAGGUGCAUAACCAUUUAAAAGGAAAUAGUGUAGCAUUUGAUUGUUGAAUACAAAUAUUACCAUAAAUCAAUGCAAACUUAAAAAUGAUUUUCCUUCCAGUGCAUUAGAAAUCUGAACAAGCUGAGAACAUACAAAUUGACUUAAGUACACAGAGGAACCAGCAGAUCCUCAGGAUCUAUAAUGUUGAGAUUUUAGGAAGAAGAAAUACUGAGAAUAUUUUUUCUCUUAACAAGGCUACAAGAUAUUUUAUUGUCUUUUGUAGAAGUUAGUGGAUAAUUUGCUUUGUAAACAAAUACAUAAUGAAGCAUCAUAAG